AUUGUACGUGAUAGCUGCUGCAAAAGUUAUAGUAACGCCACGUUGAGAAUUUGGUCCCCUGUCAAUGCCACCUGUCGCCAGAUCCUAAUGUGAUAUGUAACGGUAUCUAGACCAGCAACCUUUGCGCUUGCGCGACAUGAGUCAUUGCGAUUCAAUAGUAACUCCCAGUUUCGGUGGGCGCAACCAGUACGAGUGCUAUCAGUUUUUACGUCAUGCCAUAGCGCGUCACGCCACAAAAUCGUCUUAACCAGUCCUGGUACAAGACGUAUCGCUCACGUAAGAAUUUUUAGCGCGGCAGGUUACAUCCUAAAUGCUGUGCGAUUGUCUACAAUAUGGCAGGAGAGAGUUCAAGUUUACUUACUUCCGGGUUAGACCCUGAGGAGGUUUCUCUCACCGCUGAAGACGUGGCCUCCGCGGCGGACGACUUGCUGGCCUCACUGGACCUCCUGGUACGCUGUGGACUGAGCACCGAGGGCUUGACUUCCGUAGAGGAGGCACAAGACCGGCUGCACCAUCACUUACAGACGACAGAAAGGGGAAGCGAGCCUCAGCAGAGAAGCCCGUCUAAGGUGAUGGGUGCCAUACAGGAUGAAGUAGAAAGAGACAGUCACAUCCGGAAGCUGCUCUCGGACCUUUUCUCCCAAGCCGGGGAGUACUUCCGUGGCCUGGACCAGCCGCAGAGAGAGCAGUUGGACACGGCGGCUGGUGUCCAGGGGUGGGAGGACAAACUCCAGUGGUACCAGGACAGACUGACCAGGAGCGACUGCCCCAUACUAGUGGCGGGGGAGACGUCCGCAGGAAAGAGCAGCAUCCUGAACAUGUUGCUCGGAGAGGAAAUUCUGCCGUACUCCCUCUUAUCAACAACCUCUGUCAUCUGUGAGCUCAAGUACGGAGCGAAACGGUGUGCUGUGGCUCACCUAGCGGAACCUGACCGAACCACAGGUACAGAUACGUUAGACAUCGUCUUUCAGGACUCCGUUCCCAUCAUGCAACAACUUGCCCCGUAUGUACAACAACAGGGAGACCGUUCAGCACCCAGCCCCUACAAGAAGGUCGAGAUCUUUUGGCCCUUGGAAUACCUAAAGGGCUUUGCGUUUAUCUACGUCAUCAACAGUGGGACCGCGGGAGGCGUGCAAGAAGACAGGCUGCAGGGCAAUCUGGACACGUUGUACAUGAGAGACAUCCGGAAGUACGAGAUCGACUACGGCAAUAUCACAUGUGACCGUACCACUGACUUCAUAUCGGAGGGGUGUUUUGGGGCGGUGUACCGAGCGAGCCUCAAGAAAGCCGACGGCUCCAUACAACCUGUGGCGCUGAAGAUAUUGAAGGACGACAUCAUAUUUGACACGGUCUCUGAGUUCCUUGUCGAGGAAGACAAUCUUAAGUUUCAGUUUCAGGUGCACAAAAUGACGCAGUAG